AUGGGCAAACCCCGUGCAAAAGACAAAGUUAACAGAUCGAAGCAUUCCCUGAACCCUGGUAUUUUAACAUCUUAAUAAGAACUUACUUUCCAGAUAGGGGAAAGCAAGAAAAAGGGAGUACCAUGCGGUCGAAGGCAACUAUUAAGCGGUUGAAUAUGUAUAGGAAUUUCAAGGCCAAACGGUAGCCCUAGUCCUAGCUCUUAAUAUGUGUCUUAGCGACAAAAAGGGUCGCGUAGUUCGUGCAGCUCCAUUUCAGUCAACAACACCCUCUGGGUCUGUAUCUAGAGUUGAGCCUAAUCGACGAUGGUUCGGUAACGUCCUUAUUCCUUUUGACUAAUGAAAUAGGAAAUACGAGAGUUAUAUCGCAAGAUGCCCUACAAAAUUUUAAAGAAGCUAUGAAAAUAAAAAAUCCUUAUGAAAUCAUGUUGCGGCAAACACGUUUACCUGUCUCCUUACUGGAUGAAAAACGAACGGUUAGCGAAAAUCUCACUUAUCAACAGUUUCGUCUAGAAAAAAAAGGCAGACAUUCUAGCGUCGGAGAGUUUUGCUGACACUUUCGGCAAGAAGGCGAGGAGGAAGCGGCCGCGCAUUAACUGCGACAAUUUGACUGUGAGUUGUGUCUCUGUGAUUCACAAUUGGUCGUUGUACGCGUACUUGCAGCCUCCCAUACUUGUUCUAGAACCGAGACCCUGUGCACGACGGCCUUUGACGAUCAGCGGGACCUGCGUCCUGUUUUUCGACCCUGUUUGUAUGGUCAUUUCAAUAAAAGGUUGCUCCCAUAUCAGGCUGGGAAAACCUGCUAACAGCGUUUCCUUACGCGCCAGUUGGUCUGUCCUCUUGGCCAUCUGCGAUCAUUCGAAAUGUCAUGAAAGGCGACGGUCUUUUGAAUCCACGAGCCGGUAACUUCGAGUCAAAUGAGUUUUCAGUGACCAGCGUCACCGCAAACACAAAUUGGUUUUCAGCCCUUUGAAGUAAGAUCACUGGACGAUACGCCCGUUAUGUCAGAUAUAUCGUGCUGCAGAGUGGUGCAUAUAUAAUUUCCUAAAAGAACCCUCAUCUAAGGUCGUCAGCUCUCCCACAUUUCAAUCCCAAACUUCUCAAAGCGUCCUUUAAUGCAAAGCUUUUCUUUCAGAAUUAAAGUUGCUGACUUCCAAACGUCUUGACACCUGUGCUCUGUUUUCUUUUAAGGCACUCGUUCAAAACGCAGAGUCCAGUCGAUAUGAAUAUGAUCGUGAGAAAGAUCAGGCUCUAGUGAAAGAGGAAACUGGAGUUCGCGAUGCCAUCAGUGAUCCUCAUUUUAAGGCGGGCACAUCCAAACGCGUGUGGAAUGAACUGUUCAAGGUAGGUUGCACAAUCUCUUAAUUAAGCUUACAAGUUUACACAAUUUGUCUACUGUUAUUCUGAAGUAAUGCGCCUUGUCUAUUUCAGCAGGAAAUAAGGUCUGUCUUUUUUCUGCGGAAACCUCUGCUAAAGAACUUAAUGCUACGAACAGCUGCGCUGUUUUUGAAAGAUUAGCCUCCGGAAAAUUGACUCAGUGACUUUUUGACGCUUUGCGCGGUGCCUCUAUAGGACUUACUUUGGCGUUGUUAGGUUAGAUCACUCAGUUGCAUAUCAGCUAAAUCGAGAAAGGCGGGUUUUGUAUCUGUCUAUAAACUUGUACGAGUCGAUGAACCCACUGAAUUAAAUAGUUUGCCUUCCAAUCAUCUUUGCCAAUUCUGCCUGAAUUGUUUCUUUGGCAACUGUCUCCUUAAAGUUUUAAAUUUUCUUAAUCUGCAUGCCCUUAAUGGCUUAUGACACUGUAAGCGUUAAUUGCAUAAUAAAUGAGAUGUGUAAAUCCGGAGUUGAUAUUUUCCGACUCGGGCAGUUCGCAAUUUUCUGCGGCUAACUCCAAUCAUGUUUACAACUUGACGUUUAUGCACCCGAACUCCUCCAUAAGGUCGGUCCAGAGACACAAGUUUUUGGAAGGCCUUUUCGUAAUUGGUUUCGUCGAAAGCUAGAGUUCCGAGCCUUGUAUCCAUUAAAAUUAUUCCACCCCAAUCUGCUACCGCACUAAUGAGAAGCAGGAAUAUUCAUUGCUUAUGCAAGUGCGAUGCAAAAAAUACAUAAGUUCAAAUGUCAGAUUUCUGAAGACUAUAGCCCCCUGCCUCCUCCUUUGCAAAGCUUUCGUCCGUGCCCGAACUCGCUUUGGCAACCUCCGGCCCCUCUUUUUAUAUAUCCUCGUCUGAAUGAAAGCCCAUUCAGCCGGGCAGUUAGCACGCUGCUCCUACAGCCACUUUAUCGACUGUGCCAUGACAAUGCUCGCGAAUAAUUAUACUAACUUAAUUCUUAUCGUCAAGUUAGCUUGUUCCACUCGGUAGGAAACCCGACUUUUCCGCCCUUACCCAAAGCAAGCCAAUCCCACGGUGUUGAGCAAGACAUAUUCCCCAAUUGAUUGUCAACUUUUUAUAUGCUGUCCUCCCGCAUUUUAGGUUCUCGACUCCUCGGACGUGGUGCUCUACGUCCUGGACGCGCGCGAUCCUAUGGGUACUCGGUCAAAGUACAUUGAAAACUACAUGAAGAAAGAAAAACCCAACAAACACUUCAUUUUUGUGAUUAACAAAGUUGAUCUUGUCCCAGUUUGGAUUACCGUAAGUUUGCCUAUGUGGUCGAAAGUUUACUUCCUGUGCCGCUUCUGCUGCAAGUUAGUUUGUGGUGCAGCGACAUAUUAGUCAUCGCUCACGUUCUCAUCUGUUGUCACGUUGAUUCGUUUGCGUGAUUGAUUGGUGAAACGCAAUGCAAGGGAGAGUUGGACUGACCCAGGGCCAUACCUCUCUCAUUUAUAGAUCUGGCACUUCUCAUCAGGAGGAGGUGUUUGCGUACAUAAGCUAGGUCAGUAAGUCAUCUUUCUCGAUAUACUCCCGGACAACUAUUUAAUUACAGAUUUGAUCGGCCAGACGAGGUUGUGCCCGAGUGCGGAGGGGACGAACAGUCGGUAAAUGUGCGAAGUUUCAUUCGUCGUCUUCUUCCAAGUUCGCCACAAGAGAAUUGCGAAGACUGAGAAAGAAGAGUGAUCGAUGCUGCGUGAAUUAUUCUCUGCUUAGUUUAGAUAAACAGCUUUAGACUAACGCGUCUUUAUGAAACUAAUCACUUGAUUUGUUGUUAACUGACGUAACGUUUCUGUGAAGACUGGCAACUAGGCCGCAUCGGGUCCUUUUCAAUCUAACCCUUAAAAUAACACAUAUGGAUAUUGAUAUUGACGGAGAUUCUAUUCGCAGGAGGACGCACAACAGGAAGACAUAUUUGCCAUAUUCGCUGUCUGACGUUUCAGGCGACGUAGUCAGCUACCCACAUUUCGCCUCAUAAGCCCUGCUGUACGACGCGCCCUCCGUCGGCUUAACGCCCACCUGAGUGCAUUAAAUCUAAUUCUGGCAACACUGACCAGCGAGGGCUUGUGCACGCCUACGUCGACCUAAGAUGCCGAUUAGCCGCUGUGUCCUAUGUCGUUCUCAGUCGUAUUGGGUUAGUUUGGCUGCUGGUGCACUGGUAUUGGGAGGAGCGAUGCGCUUACAACGGGCCGUGCACUGGAUCAUCACAGUCGCUAUUGGGAAUGCACGCCCAUAGAAAAUGGCACACACAGGGGGCGUAGCCGCACACCUAGGCGCGGGUUCACGCCACGCCAACCACCUGCGUCCGACUCCGCCUCCGGUCUUCUCGACUCUGUCAUGUCAUUGGGCCCUGGAGGGUGAGGGAGAAGAGAGUACGGUAGAUGCUGCGUAAGUCACCGCCCCCGCGCCAACCAUGCGGUAGGGAAUACGGUGGGCAUAGUCGGAAUCGACGGUCGGACUGUCAUAGUGUGGGAACGAUGUCCAAACUCUCCCGCUAGUGGGGCCCUCAUCAAAACAUUGAACUGUCUUUUGUGUUUUUACCCGGCUACUCGCUCAGUAACUAGCCCACUAUCGGCCUGAGGCCUCCUUCCCCCCCUCACCACCGUUUAUUUGGUUUUAGAAACGCUGGAAAAUGGUCCUGUCUGCCGAAUAUCCCACCCUCGUCUUCCAUGCCAAUCUAACCAAGCCCCUCGGGAAGGUGGCCCUUAUGGGUCUGUUGCGUCAGCUGGCUUCUCUGCACGCCAAGGACCGGCAACAGAUUAGCGUUGGCAUCAUCGGCUAUCCGAACGUGGGGAAGUCCAGCAUAAUCAAUGCUAUGCGGUAGGUCUGUGCCUUGCGCUACCUGCUCCUAUCCCUUUCUGCGUGCGGGUCUCUUUGCGGUAGUCUACAACGCAGUCCUUGUGAAAAAAUAGGUUUCUGACAUUUUGCGAAACGCGGGUUGUAGUGACGACACCGACUUGGGGCACGACAGGCCCGAUUUGAUUUGAUGCGUGGACGCUCAUCCAUGCUAAACAUAUCUGUUUCGCAAGGUCAUGAAGCUGUUUUGCGGCAUUUUCAGAGAUUCAACACUGGACAGUCCGACUUACAUUGAUUCUGAGGCACCAAGUCACAAAAAGUGACGUUCCUCGAGGGAGUUGAAUUUGCGGUUUACUGCCAGACCGCAAAUAAAUUGGUCUUCAAAAACUCCUUUUCCUCAUGUUGUUUCAAUUUUUUUGUGAAAUUCGGACCAUGUAUCGCGUCUUUUAGAGGGAUUUAUUUUAUCCCAAAUCGUCCCUGUCGUCAUCAUCGGAGAGUGGCUUCUGGUGGGAGGCUUUCAAAAUCACGCUAAGCUUACUUGGUUAGCGGCCUAAUAUUAAAGACGCAUCUCUGCCUACUGAUGUUGUGUCAGCAGAGCGUUUAAAGUACUGUUUUUAUUGCCAGGUCCAAAAAGGUCUGCAACGUCGCGCCUGUCGCUGGCGAGACAAAGGUCUGGCAGUACGUGACCCUCCUCAAAUCCAUCUAUUUGAUCGAUUGCCCCGGCGUAGUCUACCCGGAUGGUGCCACAGAAUCCGAAAUGGUCAUGAAGGGAGUGGUAAGCCUGCAAAUUUCGCCCUGUGAAUUGGACAACCUUGUUUAAUCGGUUUUUCACUAAGACGAAAAAUGGGCUUGGGAAAUCUCUCCGAUUCAUAAUUGCACCCCCAAAAACGCGCAUAUUUUCGCACAUAACAAGCUGGAGCGCACAAAUUGUCAUUGGCUACAUUCUAUCCAGGCUCGAUUGGGUAGAGUCCUGUGUGGGUGCAUCUGGUGUAGAAACAAGUGACUUUUCUGACGUGUAGUUGUAUAGACAUAAAAGUUAGGAGAAAAAUUAGGCGACGCCAGGUUCUGGACGAUAGGGAAACCGAAGUUCCUUGUGUAUAAGCCUGUCAUCGUAGAACUUUACUUGAGUUGUUUGUUAUUUUGUCAGAACCGGAAAAAUUAAUUUUCUGACGGGAAAUGCCUGUUGCCCACCAAAGUUCCUAGACUUCUAUUUCCCCACUUCUGUUUUUUUUCGAAUUUGAUUUUAGAAUGUGCAAUCGCCGGUAUUUCGAUUUGGUUUCAAAUGUUCAUGGGUUUUCCUAUCCAUUGAUAUUUCCUGCCAUGUUCUUGGGUGGCGUAUCUGGAAGGUGUCACAUUGUUUUGAGACGUGUGUCUUUCUCGGGUUCGAUGCGUUUACCGUCUUGUUUCGUAAACCUACAUGGCAGUAGAGUUUUGCUCCGAAUUUGUCUGAGUUAUAAAACCAUUAUCGGUUUCUCGGAUGUAGGUCUGAUCGAUCCUGAAUUCGCGGAUUAAGUUGUGGUGCGGUGGUCUUAACUGUCGGAGGACUGGUACGGCUGGCGCUGGCAGUAGUGUGGACGUUGGUCUUUUGACCACAAACACACCACUAGCAGCCUUCCGAUACGAUAAUUCUACGCAAUGGAUUGUGAUGACCACUAGUUCGCUGUGAAGGUCCGGCUUAUGACAGACUGGAGUUAGUCCGCUCCUUAAGUGAAGUAGUCGAGCAGUCCAUUGGAGACGCCGCCGAAUUUGGCGUCGUGUCGAUGGAUCGUAAAAACCCAGGGCUCACCUUUGGUUCCCACUGUUUAUUUACAGAACAGAGAACGAAUGCUGGAAAUGAAACGGGGAUGGGGAGCGAAUUGAUAUAGCUUGUGCUUCAGAGAGCAGACCGGCUACGUACUCGGGUGCUAAGUUUUGCUAACCGACGACCGUCCAUCACCUCGUAAAGCGGUCAAGCGGGCUGAGGACAUAAGUGAACCCCAAGCACUGCCUCAACCGGAUCCAGCACUUAUCAGCCUGUCCGGGAAAUUAUUUUUGCUCGCAGUACCUACGCGAGAAAUCAUAGUCUGCCGCUUCCUCACUGUGACGCUCUAGUGACCGUUUGCCAUUUUAAAAGGCUUUUUGAAUCGUUUGCGGAUUGCGUGACGACCCAACCAUUACGAGGGGGUUCACUCACGCGAGCUGCUGAAGUUAUCUGACAGAGCGGAUGAAGCACAUGGCGUCGGCAGCUACGUUCCUUUUCCGUGCGCCCGCUAUUCGCAGGUAUUCAGUUCAAGAGUAGUUGGCGAAGUGAUCUAGUCAUACCUCAGUGAGCGGUGCAUGACGCCAGAGACACACACUGUGUUGUAACUUCCUGGAUAUGUAGAGCUCUUAUAUAUCGUACUGUGGUCAACCUUUCACCCAGGUUCUGCGUGUAGUCGCCCAUCUGAGUCAGUCAACUCUGCAUGUCGCCGUGUGACCGCCUGCAUGGACUCCCGGUCGAGCUCAAAGGUGCAAGGGGAGGCGCAUGUCCUCUGAUCCGAUCAGUGAACGUCCUUCCCACAAUGAGGAAUAUGAAAAGAUACGAGAGCAGAGAUACCCCCGGCACUACGGCGGUCUUACGCUAAAUUCCAGGGGAGAACGCGGGGCUAAUUGCUCCCCCCCCUGAAAUUUAGCUCAAAAGCAGCUGUAAUACGGGUGACACCUAUACCUGCCUUUCCGUGAAUAUUACCGGUCACAGUUGGCGGGAUAGUGGACCCUUGGCCGAAUGGUAAAGCGUUGGAUUCAAAAAACCCCCAAUAACCAAAUAUUUCGGAUUCAAAUCUAAGGUCAUCCAGGCGUGGGAUUAGGCAUGUCCAGCUGACGAUGGCUAAUAUGCCAGAAGCGGCCAUCCCAGUCUCUUGCCUUUUUGGUAUUCCUUCCUGCAUUGUCGACAUGCGAUCGCCUGCUAGAGCUUCAGAUGGGGCCUCAAGGCACAACCGGAUCGACAUGUACUGUCCUCUAACCAGACCAGUGGACGACCUUUCCACGCUGGGUUCCUGCCUCACGAACUUUCACUGGCGUCGUCUCAACAGGUGGAAUUAGGUGUCUCAGCUAGUAGUUCGUGCGGUAAUCCCUGCACGCAGGCAUCCCGUGUGUUACUGGUCAUUCUAGACCAUGUGAUUCUCUUUUUCGCAGCUACACAUGUUACAGGGGGAGGGGGGGGGUCGGUCCUAGUAGGUAAUUUUAGCUGCUUAUAAUCCAGGAUACUGGCGGAAUAGCAUUACCGACAAAGACAAGGCAGACUGGCUAACGACGGCUAAUAAGCCGGGUGACCAGUCUCCCUUGUCUUUGCCGGUAAUAUUCCUCUGCCUGUACUACACGCCGUUGUGCGGCUAGAGGCGGGGCUCGAGAGAGAUAGCCCCAAGGCACAACGGGACGAGUGAGUUCCAUGGCGCGAUCGGUGAGCGCACUCCUACCGAUCCAAAUACUGUUUAGAAAUACCAUCCACGAGUGUUGUAAACUACGUAAUAACUCGUCUGCAGCGACCGAUGUGUGUCCACGUAGUAAUUGGGUCAACUUUUGCUAACAGCAGAGUUCCCUCACUGCCUACAUGUAAAGAAUACUCCUCUUUUUUAAAUCCAUCCACACUCUCAAUCCGAUGUCUCUUAUGUGAGCCAGUUUUAGUCCAGGAUUAGGUAAGCUUUAAUGGUGAGAUAGGCAAACUAAAUUGUCGGACACAUGUUCGCAAUAAAUCCCCAUUUCCUUAAUCCCCGGGUUUGCUCCUGUAGAGCCCACGAAGUGAAUCUCGCGGCGCGAGGUCCGUUGUUUAACCUUUAAUUAGCCUGAGCACCUUGGCUUCGGCAGAAUUCGAUUCACACUCUUGCUCCACACCACGUGAUCACCUCAUGUUGCGCACACACUGACUUGACUGCGCUGACUGUGGCAGCCUGUCACGUGACACAUCUGCAACUUCAUGGCGUCUCCGUUUGGUGUCUAUACCUAGACCUCCUUUAGUGGACGUAUGAACUCAGUAUGUCACCUUGAUCCUAUUCUAGGGCUCAUAAGGGUUGCGAAACAGCAUGGCGCUUGGCAUUUGAGCACGUCUUGACGCCCUGCUUCUGUGCAUGGUCACGAGACAACAGCCUUCCUGUCAGACCUGAGAUUUUAGGACUCAUUAGGGCCUUAAGGAUGUGCGGAGGCACAGAAAGCGUGUCUGACAGAAACAGCAGCUUCCUUCCGCCAGUUUUAUCCAAGCUCCAUGGUCAAAAGGUCUGCAAGCGUGUGCUAUGUCAGUAUCAGCAAACCAUGUCUCUCUCAGCCUGGUAUGCGCUAGCAGUUCUCUGACACCUGGUUCCCUGAUGAUAGAUGCUCUUGCGCUCCCGCUGGGUAUGCAAGUGGUGAGCAUGACUGCCCAGUCAUCCUCGUCCUUCUGACCCGUUGUUGUGCUGUCAGUAAAUGUCCUGGUCAAGUGUUUGUUGUGGACCAGGGGGUGUGGUGGCACACCUAGGUGCGAGUCCGGCCGUGCCAGUCACCUGCGCCUUCCCCCGUCUCCGGUCUUCUUGACUAUGUUUUGACACCGGGCCCAGGUGGGGAGUGGUGAAGAUGGAGUGCAGUGGAUGCUGCGCAAGUCCAAACUCACUAAAAACAAUUCACGCGCAUGUCACCGUGCCUGCUGCACCUAGUUGUGUAGCACACGGUGGACAUCGUCGGAAUCGACGGUCGAGCUGGCGAGACAUCCAAGCUCUAUGCCGAAAGACCUGAAAUCUGGGUCCCAGAUCCGUAUCCACUGUGAGUUCUACCAACUGAGCCACAGUCUGUGGGCUGGAAUCUGGAACUUUUAAAGAUCGGAGCUCCAGGGUAAUCCCCAGCGCCCACUUUGCUGCCCUGCUUACCAGGUCAAUUUAAUUGAAAAUUAGGAUGGUGCCUUACAGAGGCAAGUAAUAGAAGAAUGCCGGUGCCGCCUCACUGACCCACCCUCACGAAGUUCUGUAGUCUGUUUUGUCGAUUUUUCUGUGAUAUAUGAAAAGUAGGUCUGUUUGUUGGCCACCACUUUGCUAUUCGCAGCAAUACCAGAUCAUGUAUUUGGUGCAGCUAUGAUCAUGCCUGAUCAAGCCGGCCUCGUUGAUGGUGUGACUUUUACCUCUCAAUGGACGACGAUCUGCGGCAGCGGAUCUGGAGGGCGUGACUCCGGAUCUUGAAAGCCCGACCCAAUACCUCAUAUGGGGCCCUUUUGUUCUGCAGAGUCAAACAGCUUGGUAUGUUCCUACAACUGUGCGCUGUUCCGUCAAAACUUAACGGGGGCCAAAUACGCAUGGUACACACGAGACGCUGUGCUUAUGUCACGUCAGCCACUGGGUUUGAUCUUAAAUCCAGUCGGCCGGGUCUAGGUCACGUCACUCAUUCGUUGUUCACGAGACCGAUCCUGCAGAAAUCCUUCUGUACUUGAAGAAGGAGACGCAAUCGCUGGGACAAGAGCUUUAUUAGCCUGACGUUUCGGAUUCCUGCUCGAACCCAUCAUCAGAGACAAAAGCAGAUACAGACAAAGCAACUACGUUGGAGAAGCCCGAAGACAGCUCCAAACGCGAAUGGCCGAACACGCUGCAGCGGUGCGGAGAAAUGGCGCUAGCUCUCAAGUUGCGGCUCAUUCGACGAGAUCCGGCCACACAUUCAAAUUUGACGAGGCCGAAAUUCCCGCAAGAGGUGACAACCGCGUGAGCCGGGAGCUGCUUGAGUCAUGGUUUACUGUCUCCCAGUCCAUUAACAAGUGCAAUGCUCUUCCCAUCCCAUACUCGGUGCUGAGACUUCGCCUAGGCGGAGUAAUUGGUCACGCGGGGAGCGCACGGGUGAACACUUUUCCCAACACCAGGGUCGGUUUGUCAGAUGGUCCAGCAAUCAUCACACCAACAUCCAACGCACGUGAUGAAAUUGCACCAAUUAACGACGCGAAUGUCGGCCAACACACCACGUACAACGAUCCCGGAUGAAAGGUGGGGAGGGGGGGGGUGAAGGGGGGGGGAGCUGUGAAUAUUCAUAGGUAUGCGGUAGCAUGGCUACUGCAUCCUGUAAAUACUGCAGCCCCUUGUGCAUGAACCACCCGCAUCUGCUUUUGCCUCUGAUGAUGGGUUCGAGCGGGAAUCCGAAACGUCAGGCUAAUAAAGCUCUUGUCCCAGCGAUCGUGUUUGCUGGGACUCGUCUCUUCGCGUCUACCGGCAAUCCUUCUUUACUAUCAUAAAUCUGAAGAGUUGUUGAGCCGGAACGGCGCACUGAGAAGUUCUGAGUUGAUGGGAUAACUCAGAUCUCCAGACUAAGAAUCCAGUCAUGAUGGUUCCACAGCGUGGUAUUGUGCUAACUAUUGCCGAUGUCAUGUUCGGGAGAGUGCAGUCCGAUUUCGUGUUGAUGAAGUGUCAGCACGAGUGUGGCAUGCGUGUACGACCACUGUGCCCACCCCAAUUUCCCAUUGUCCUGACUUUUCCUUGCCAUUAUGGCGUGCUUGGUGUGGUCGAUGUGAUGCAAGUCCUUGUUCGCCCUCGCAGGGCUGACCCUGGACGAUUACGACUGAGAAACUGUCCACCUGUGCCUGCCUGCUUCACCCUUCCACACAUGGAAGAGACUCGACCGCCACGCACGGUGGGAUCUGAACAAGUGUCAUCGAAAGAAAAAACACGAGAACCUAUCUGUUCAGGAAGGAAGGAAGGAAGUAGGGGGGACUGGGAUGGCCAUUUCUCGCUUAUUGGCCUUCGUCAAGCAGACGUAAUCAACCGCAGGCUUAAAUAACCUGGGAUUCUGACCCGGAUUUUCCGGCGGUUGAGUGUUUAUCGGUACUACGCGACUGCCAAUGAGGGCUCUGGAUUGGCUAUCCAACAGCAUGUCCCGUAGUCUGGACGGUUCGUUUCGGCAUGUUCGGAAACAAUAAAAACUGGGAAUCAGUUCCUUUCGGCUGACCUUGUCCAAUGAAGUUAUGGAAUGCAGUUGUCUAUUUUUGUGCAGAUAGUCGCGGCCCCAUGACUUGUCCUACGAAGGCUCUUCAGUCCAGCAACCUGGGCAGUUUAUUUGUACUUGUUUCGGACUCCGGAUGUAAGCUGCAAACUACUUGCGUUUCGUGCAAUCGUCUUCCAUUGCGGUUGGUUGUUAACAUGCUGUCAUGUACCACAGAUGCGGUUGAAGGCCUGUCUCAUCCGCUUGUCCACCUAAACGCUUUAGUUUUUAGGUGGACAGUUCAUCUGAGACAGCGAGUGGGUGAAGGACAGCUUAUUGUGCUUCUGACUGGCUGUAAUCAUUCCCCGCAUGUGCGUUUGGAGACAUGAUAUAUGGGAUCAUCGGUUUUUUGUCAGCGUGAACAGUGACGUGCGCCAACUGCUCACCUCGUCCCACAGCUGAUUUCUCUUCACAUUUCUCAUUCCGGCCUUCUUUCGAUAUCCAAACUAUGAGGUAUGUUAGUUGAGUCAUGUACAAGCAGCAGACUUUAGAAGGGAAAAUUUGACUCCAACUCCCGACCAGCCUCAUUUACUUCGGUUGUCCUGCGUAGUAAGUUGCAUGCAUGCUUGUCCACCGGACUCACACCACUCCUAUGUUCGUUGAGAAAUAUAAACCCUCAUAAUGGACAAGAGAUACCCUGAGUACGAAUGUCAGUAGGGAUUGCGUAACCUUUCCACGAACCGUCUCUCCCCUCUGUACAGGUCCGCGUGGAGUACCUACAGGAGCCUGAACUCUACAUUCCUGAGGUGUUGGCUCGCGUGAAACCCGAGUACAUGCAACAGCGCUACGCCCUGCCCGACUACGAUCCCGCCUGCCACCCGCUGUGGCAAGAAAUGACCGAACAGGGAACCGAGAAGGAGAAGCAGCCGGAGGUUGUCGCGCAGCCCGAUCCUUCGCUUGCCGGGGCGCCAUCUACGACAGUGGGGGGGGGUGAAGGAACUCCUCAGGAGGAGACGACAAGCUCGUUGUCCCGCUGGCCUGCUGAUGCCGACCUCUUUCUCCAAUUGGUCGCCCGGAGAACUGGCAAACUCCUCAAGGUAAGAUUGCCCUGUCACUUACUAGCCGGUCGUUCAACACUCCGAGAGUUCUAUAUCUACCUUUUUGACUAUGCGCGGUAUCGCGGCCUCCCCUAACGGUGAAGGUGAAUUUGGACGCAAAUCCAACGUGAGAGACAGCGUCGUAUUCUCUUCUCAUCUGGCUAGGCUCUUUGAGCACGGUCGUAUCAUGAGGGAAAGUUAAUAUUUCGAGGAAGUGCUUCGAAAAAUAGAGGUAGGCCGUUGCCAGUCUGCUCGACCCGGGGAGGGCCUGUGAAGUGGAACCGAAUCAGCCACCUCGAGGGGGCAAACUGGAUCCAAACAUUCGGCUGUGGCUGCUUAGCUACCUUUCAGAUUAAAGUGGCCAAUAGGCCGGGAAUCCACAUCCUGGCCUAUCUGCCUUUCGUAAAAGAUGUACUUUUCCGAUGAAAUCUCCAUCGGGUACUGCAAACCAGCCUGUGGACGCGUAGUUGUAAGCGGCAGAAACAUGAUCCACCCAAGAUGACUCAGUAAAUGUACUAACUGCUUCUGGUUCCCCAGUUCUCAAGAGGCAUAACUGUGUGCCGGCUGGCAUCGCGAAACCACGGCGCGUGUCAAACAGGAUAAAUAACGGGUUAACCAGGCGCCCUUGUGAUUAUGUCCUGCUCAUUUGAUGUCUGAAGAGUGCGUCUGACUGAGUCCUAUAAAAUCAAAUCGGCCCAGCAGUGACACAAUACAUGCAGAAUGGAAUUACUAACUAAAACAAGGGAGACUGGAAUGGUCAUUUCUGGCUUUCUUGCCGUCGUCAGCCAGCCACACACAACCCCGAGGUGUGCGGCCCCGGGGCUCGAUUCCGCGACCUGUUAGUUUGAAGUGGCAUUACUCGGAACCACAUCUGGACACGUACUCGUAGCCAAGGCUGUCCAACUUCCUGUUGCAGGCAACAAGCGCAUGACCAUUAAGGAAGUUGAUGUUAGCAUACACGAGCAACACUGACUGGGAUUCGGUGUGUUCCGCCUGCCUGCUGAGUAAGCUGACCUAGGCGUGUAGACAUCGACCGCUGAGACCGCAUCGCUUUGUAGCGACUAAAUCAAACCUUAACUAAUUUGUUUGACGGAAUGGUAUUACCGACAAAGACAAGGGAGACUGAAAUGGUAAUUUCUGGCUUAUUAGCUGUCGUCAGCCGGUCAUACUCAAUUCCGAAGCGUGCAACACCUGGGGCUCGAUCUCGCGACUUGUUGGUUAGAAGUCCAAUGCCCCCUCUACCAUUGCAUAUGUCCGAUCGAAACCGACAGGACAACGAGUCCGUGGCUCAGUGAUUUGAGACGUUGGACUUCCAACUUACAGGACGCGGAAUCGAGCCCCAGGGGCUGCAAGCCUCGGGGCUGACCAAGACUAACUGACGACGGCUUAUACAUACGUCAGAAAUGACCGUUCCGGUCUCCCUUAUCUUUGUCCAACGCCUCUAACUACUGAGCCAGGGGUUCGUUGUCUUGCGGUUGCGGUCGGGAAUAGACAAUGUUAGAGGGGCGCUCACCGACAGUUUCUACGGAACUCACUCGUCCCGUUAUGCCUCGAGCACACCCAGCAGCCGCACAGCGGCGCAUGAUAUAGGCAGAAUGCUAUUAUCGACAAAGACAGGGGAGACUAAAAUGGUCAUUUCUGGCGUACUUGUCGUCGUCAGCCAGCCAUAUACAACCCCGAGGUGUGCAACACCUGCGGCCCGAUCCCGCGACUUGUUGGUUAGAAGUCCAGUGCCCCCUCUACCAUUGCAUAUGCCCGACCGAAACCGACAGGACAACGAAUCCGUGGCUCAGUGAUUAGAGGCGUUGGACUUCUAACUGACAGGACGCGGAAUCUAGCCCCAGGGGCCGCACACCUCGGGAUUGACCGCGGCUAACUGACGACGGCUUAUACGUCAGAAAUGCUAGUCUGCCUAUAUUACGCGCCGCUGCGCGGCUGCUGGUGGGCCUCGAGUGAAGCUCUAAGCCACAACGGGACGGGUGGGUUCUGUAACACGAUCGGUGAGCGUCCCCCUCUACCACUACAGCAAUACACGUUUACCUCCCUUCUGACUAACUUGAUGGUUUAGCGCGUUCGGAAAUUUACGGUAUUUUCUGUUAUAGGCCAGAACGCGCCAAUUGUCCUUAACUUUCUCAGCCAAUAGCCUAUCUCGCUAACUGUUUUCUCCACAGGAAGCCGUGUUGACGCGUAACUAUGUGAGCCGACAUGGUGAGCUUAAUGCUGGUUGCUUUUUCGUAGGGUGGCGAGCCGGAUAUCACCACAACCGCCAAACGUAUUCUCAAUGACUUCCAACGCGGAAAACUGCCCUAUUUUGUCCGUCCACCGCCUCUGGCAGAGGAGGGCGGCAAUAAGGCAGUCGACGUUAACGCUACGGCUGGAGCGGGCAAUCGGCAGGUUAGUGCUACUUUUGAAGGCAUUCGUUCAUUUACUGAUCGAGGAGUUGGUCCGUGCUGGACAGGUUGUGUACCAGCCUGCCGACUUGUGCUCAAAAUCACUGUGAAGGGCCCAUAUUGGUCCAAUUGGUGUCCCGCAGCAGACAGCUUCCGCACUCUCGUGGUAUAGAGUACAGCCGUCGCGAACGGCUCCCGCCUUGUCCCAUGGAGAGUGAGGCGGACUUGCGUAGCAUCCAUCGCACUAUAUCUUCUCGUGGUGUAGAGUACAACAGUCGCGAACGACGUCCGCCGUGUCCCGCGGAGAGCGAGGCGGACUUGCGUGGCAUCCAUCGCACUAUGUCUUCUCGUGGUAUAGAGUACAACCGUCGCGAACGGCUUCCGCCGUGUCCCACGGAGAGUGAGGCGGACUUGCGUAGCAUCCAUCGCACUAUGUCCUCCCUUACCCACUUUGAUCGGGUGGCAAGAAAAUUUCCAGACGACUGGAGGUGGGCUCGGAUGCAGUGUCUGACAGCCAAACAGCUCGUCUACGCGUGCCACACACGGCCUGGGCGGCUCGAGCCUCACAAAAGUGAGUUUCACGAAGGCCACACUAAGGAGUCGUUGGGGCCUGACUCAGCGGACCGCACGUAUGCCAAACACUUGCGGCCGGAAAUAAACCAAUGCGCACACAUGAAGGCGCACAUCAUCCACAGAUGAUGCCAAGGCGAACGGGCCGAAACAGCCUCUCCUCUCCCCCCUGCAGAUAUAACUCUGAUUUUCGUUAGUGUUCCAAGGGUUCCAUUCCAAGCUUUAGUCCAGCAACCUAUAGAAUGGAUAUUCGCCCUUCCCUGGUCUCACCCCUAACGGUAGCCCAACUAACCCUUGUUUUUUUGCCCAACAGGCGUUAGCCGAAAUCUUCGAAGGUGAAGAAACCAGCAUUGCAGCCGAGGUGAGUCUUCCCUUUCUACGUGCGCGUUCAUUAUCCCGCCUCUUGUCUGAAGCCGGUCGCGUUUCUUCCGUAAGAAAUGGUGUUUUCAUAGUAUAUUCUUAAUCCCUACUUUUCCAUCCUUUUAGAGCACGAAUCCUGAAUCGCUAUCCGCCUCCGGUUUGGAUGAAACAGCGUCUGCAAAGGUUAGCGGCUCCUCCCACUUGGUUGUUCCACAGCCCUUGGGGCGCAGCUGCACCGUGCGGCCACGCGCCUAUUCCCUCCUAAAAGCCGGUUGGGAAUUAAGCACCUCACGACCAACAGGUUUAGUCUGCUUACAGGUAGUUGUUAUGGCUGUGAUUAUGCCGAUCUUGGUGAUAUCGCGGAUAGUGCCUCUCCACGCGCGGUAGUCUGCGGCAACGGGUCUGGGGAUCUCGAUCUGCUCUCAUCUCUGGCCUAUUAUCGCUCCACUACUGCGAGAGUCCUGGUUCGCAACAAUCUUUCCCAAUCGUUCGGUAUUCGGUCUGGCGUUCGACAGGGUUGUAUCCUGUCGCCCAUUCUGUUCAACUAUGCUAUUGAUUGGAUCCUCGGGAGGACCCUACACGAGGGUGACGGCGUUAAGUUUGCACCCGGACACCAAUUGACUGAUCUCGACUAUGCCGAUGAUAUCGCCUUACUUGCUUCAAGUUUUGGUGAUCUGUGAUUACGUCGACUUUGAUGAUAUCGCGGAUUGGGCAUCUCCACGCGCGGUAGUCUGCGGCAACGAGUCUGGGGAUCUCGAUCUGCUCUCUAUCCACUUUCUGUUCUUUCACGCAUAGAGCCCGACAUCUCACAAACGCAUAGGUCGCUGUUGGGACGGCCCCGCUGGCACGCAGGGCUCACAAAACCCUGCGAACAGCAUCGACUCGAGAAGAGAUGCUGUCUUGAAGAAAGAGACACGAUCGCUGGGACAAGAGCUUUACUAGCCUGACGUUUCGGAUUCCUGCUCGAACCCAUCAUCAGAGACAAAACCCCUAUCUGCUCUUGUCCCGGCGACCGUGUCUCCUUCUUCUAGACUGCUUCCUGGGACACGUCUCCUCGCUUUUAUUAGUUUCAUAGGACUCGUCUUCAGUGAUCGUCUCCAGAGAUGCUGUCACUGCUCUGUCCAUUGGGCAGCAGCCUCGCCUGCUGGUAAUGCCAUUUUAUGGUGAAAUAUGCAUCUGGGGACGUUUUUGGUCUCAGGUUGAUUAACGGACUGAAUAAACAACUUCCUUCAGCCUAACAGGGCAAUUUUGUCAGCAUAGCUAUCGCGCUAACAGGGUGCCCGAAGAGGGCGGCGCAUAAACAGCAGUCGUGUUUCAACUGUCCUUUCCACUCGGACACGGAAGCGUCCGAGGUAGGCAGAUUCCGUCCAAGUAUGCCUCGUUGGAACAAGUGCUAGAUCACGACGGCUGCUUGACGUGUGGUUCUUGUGAUAUCAAGGAUGUAUGGCACGCCUCAGACAGCGAUUUCACAUCAAGUCAGGUACUGCAUCCAAUCUCGUCCCCAGUUCGCCUGACUCGGACAGACGACUGAGACAUGAGACACGGUAAGGAGGUGGUAGAUCAUUCCAAUCCCAAUGCAGCGUUAGUCUCUCAAACGCGCCUUGAAGCUACCAGAGAUGGCGACGAUCGAUACAGAGAUGGUUGCCAGCCAACGGGAGAGGUCAAUCGUACCCAAGACCGGUAGUCAGGCUGUAGUCGUUCCCUCUUAACAUGACCUUUACCAUACCUUUUCGCGUAAGAUUCGAGACCCAUUUUAAUAAUGCCGUUUGCGUGUCAGACAAAUGCGUACGGAGCGUUUACCCCGCCAACGCCCAGGUCUGGUAUUUUGUUCCGCCGUCGGAAUAUGAUGUGGGAAUAGGUAGUUAGGUAAAUGCUUUGAAAGGCCGUCCCACUAAACACGUCCACACGUUGGUCAUCGCUACGUUCUGGGGAUGGUAAUGCCCAGCAUCGAUUAGAAGGAAUUGAGUUUUAUUCUGACGCUAAUCCCCUAGGAGAACCUAUUACCUGCCGGAGACUCAUCUGCGCGUUUAGUGAAUAAGGGCUCUGAUGUAUGUGCGUCCGCGAGGACCGACCUCGUCUUCAGUCUUGUUCCAGUGACGCUUGCCAAUGUUCAGUGAGAUGAGCUACUCAACCUUGCUGGCUGACAUUUGGAAGCUACCGCUCGCGCUUGAAAAUGUCCUUCCUCUACCCUCAUUGAGAAAUUUUGACUGACAGUCAUCAAACUGCUGUUCAUACCUCUGACUUAUCUGAAGUGCAGAUUUCCGUUGACUGGUCACUAUUUAGGCAGGGCGUACAACCGGCUUACAACACGUCGUAAGUAGCCCCAACACCGCAGUGUCUGUAGGCCGAGAAUUUUGCCAGAAAUUUGUGAUCCUUGUUCCUACGUCGCGCAAGAUCAUCCCUUAUUGGUCAGCCCGUGAGCCUUUGUGAUCGCUUGUGAUCUUAGCUGUGACUCCGUGUGACUGACGAGUUCGCACGCAUAUCUUGCUCGGCGAUGGUCGCGCACAUCGGCGGCUACCAGUCAGAUGCAGAGAGUGGCCUGGAGGUGUUUGUUUUAGCCACUAACUCUUUCUGCUCGCCAGAAUCACAUCGGUGCGGGAGUUCACAGAAUAGUCGUAGGUUGCAUGAACGCUACAUGCUAUGGCGUCCAUUUCCUUCGUCCCCACCGUUACUUGCUCCCUCAUAGUUGCUAUCACAAGUAGUAAUAGGCAGUAUGAUAUUACCGACGAAGACAAGGGAGACUUGAAUAGCCAUUUCUGGCUUGUUGGCCGUCGUCAGCCAGUCAUACCCAACCCCGAAGUGUGGAACACCCGAGGCUCGAACUCGCGACCGGUUAGUUAGAAGUCCACGUCUCUAACCACUGGGCCACGAGCUCGUUGCCCUGUCGGUUUCUAUCGGGAAUCUACAAUGGUAGGGAGCGCUCACCGAUCUUUCUUACGGAACCCACUCGUUCCGUUGUGCCUUACGGGCUCUCUCUCGAGCCCAACCAGCAGCCGCGCAUGAUAUAGGCAGUGAGCGCCCCCUACCAUUGUAUAUUCCCGAUCGAAAACCGACAGGGCAACGAGCUUGUGGCCCAGUGGUUGCAGGCGUGGACUUCUAACUAACAGGUCGCGAGUUCGAGUCUCGGGUGUUCACGCUUAGGGGUUGGGUAUGACUCUCUGACGACUGCUAAUAAGCCAGAAAUGGCAAUUCCAGUCUCCCUCGUCUUUGUCGGCAAUGUUAUUCUGUACAUAUCAUGCGCCGCUGUGCGGCUGCUGGUUGGGCUCGAGAGAUGCCCGUCAGGCUCAACGGAACGAGUGAGUUCCGUAGGAACGAUCGGUGAGCGUCCCCUACCACAAGUAGUAAUACACUACAGUGGAUCCCCCUGCUUCUCUGUCGCCCAUUUUAGCCGACAAAGGAGGAGGCUUCAGAGAACGAGGAGGAGGAGGAGAAUGAUGAGGAAGGCGACGGCACCUUUGACUUGGCACCACACUCGGAGGAUGAACUGGAAGAGGCGCAGGAGGAUGAAGAAGAGGACGUUGAGGGCGCCAACGGCCUUUCAAAGAGCCGCAGACGCCAGCUGGAACGUGCCUUGAGGAGAAAACAGGGACGCGCAGGUCGGCACUUCUACGAUGAAGUUAACGUGAAGAACCGAAAUCGACGGCCACCUCCACAUCUAUCCACGGCGGCAGCUAAACGGUUCAAGAAGUCCCACUGA